UCGUCACACGAACGCUUCUCUAGCCAAUUACGCACAAUGUGGAAGAUCUCCUGCAGCUGCAGGGGGACGACUCGCAACUUGGUGGGAAUGUGUCCUGUGCGCGCGCCUGGAGCCGCCGGAGACAUGCAGACGCACCGCAUUCCCGCCGCUUUCCACACUGUUUUAUGAUACCGAGCCGCGGUUUAUUCCGGUUAUGGGGAGAAUCACAUGCAGCUGCGCCGCCGUGAUCCUGCUGGCCGUCACCAGCUCAUGUCGUGCAGUCACCCUGGAGUCCGUCCACUGGAGCAGCUCCAACACCAAAUUUAUUCGGAGUCAGGGUCUGAUCCUGUACCCCCAGAUCGGGGAUAAGAUGGACAUUGUGUGUCCCCGGGCAGAUGCUUCCUCCGGGGCAAAGGAGGAGUUCUACCGAGUGUACCUGGUCCCCAGAAGUCAGAUAGAGACCUGCACCAUCGCCAAGAAGGACACGCCCCUGCUCAACUGCGACAAGCCCCACCAAGACGUAAAGUUCACCUUCAAGUUCCAGGAGUUCAGCCCCAACCUGUGGGGUCUGGAGUUCCUCAAGGGGAGGGACUAUUACAUCACCUCCACCUCUGCAGGCUCUCUGCAGGGUCUGGAUAAUCCUGAUGGAGGGGUGUGCAGAACCAAAUCCAUGAAGCUCGUGCUGAGAGUCGGCCAAAAUUCUUCAGAUCCCACUUCAACCCUGCAGGAAUCCCCCACUCGGUUCCCCCCGACACGGCCGAAGUCCAAAUCCAAGGACCCGCCUGCAAGAGAAGAGGAUAGUAAAGGCGAAACUGACUCGGAAACGGGACAAACCAACCCCAGCGGCGGCGAUGGAUCAGCGGCGAGCCUGCUGAUGUGGGUCGCCUGUGGCGGCGUGACCCUCCUCCUGGUCGUCACAAUUCUGCUGGUGCUGCUGUGGAGACGCCGCCGCCGCCUCCUCCUCCUCGUCCCAGACGGCCAGCAGCCGGCCUCCGUGUCCCUCGGCACUUUGGCCGGGGCGAAGCGGGACAGCAUCGGCAGCGACUACAACGACUCGGACCGCAGCGUUGCCGUCUUUCCUCUGCGGGCUUCUGACAGCAUGAUCUGUCGCCAUUAUGAGCGUGCGAGCGGCGACUACGGGCCCCCUGUGUACAUCGUUCAGGAGAUAACGCCCCAGAGUCCCACCAACGUCUACUACAAAGUCUGAUGUGGGCCGCUGUGGUGCCGGCCUGCGGGUCCCAACGCUGCCUGGGACUCGCAGCACAUCCGCCGCUUUAGUUGGUUUGUAGCAAUUGGAAAGAAAGGUAACGUCCAAACUCGUCACACGUUCAUCUGAGCUCCUGCUCUGAACUUUUUUUCCUCACAUUUCUGUCACAAGUGCAAACCGAGCGAAGAGAGACGACCAGAGAGGAGCUUGAAGUCUCAUUUCAUUCCACUACAAUGUUUUGCUUUUUAUUUCUCUACAUUCAAAUGGCGGCACAUCCAGUUAGUUGUUACUCUGCAGACUUUACAUGGACAACUUAUCACAACUUUAUAUUAGAGUUCCAUUCUACCCAACAUUAAACAUUAAAACGAUCAGUAAUAAUGAUCCAAUAACAUAGAACUAUGAAACUUGUGACACUUUUUUAAAAAUGUUGCUUUUUAAACGGAUGUUACUUUGGGUACAUUGUACUACUAAUAUUUACAGACAAAACUCAUCAAAAAAGGAAUGUUGACUGUUUUGCUCAUUUCUGUGUCAAACGUUUCGUCCUUUUAGAUUGUUAAAUAUAACGGUUACUUACGGAGGUUACUUUUAAUAAGAACAUUGCCUGGUAAUAAUUGCAUACUUUUACUUAUAUUUUAAUUACAGAGUUUUGGAUCGUAGUAGUGCAUUUUGCACUUCUUCCACCAGAGGAAAAAGCAAAUCAAGAAACCUAUUAUUUUUUCCUUUCCACUACAUCUCCCCAUAAAGACUGAUCGCGCUCCAACACGCCAAACGGAAGAGAACUUGAAUGUUUUUUUCUGACUCAGUUUAAAAUGUUGUGCAAUGGAUCCCUCUGUUCCAGGCAGAUGUUAUUUAGGUAAUAUUAUGUCUCCUUCUAAAGACAUAACUCUUCUCAAACAGCGUAUAAAGCUGUGCUGAAAAGAAAACACGUAAAAACAGCAGAAGUGCUUUGUUUGUUGGUAAAGGGGGAAGAGUUAAAGAAAGGAGACAAGUUGUAAGUAGUGCUUUCUUCAUCGUCUCAUCAUCGCUCCUUUCACAAACCAGCAACAGUAAACGAGAUGGACACGCAGGCAGAAAAGGAAUAGAAGAUAAUGGAGGUCCCCACUUAGCAUUUAUACCCGCUGUUCUAGAUUUAAAUGACAUUUAGAUGUUUUCACUGGUAGGUGUUUUUGAUGUGGUUGAUACACACACUUUAUAUUCAAAAAUGUUUUCUGAAUAACUCUGGGUGGGUAGAUGCUUCCCCAAUCAGCAUGUCUCACCAUUACGUAACGGUAUCAAUGGAACAUUGAUUGACAUUCUGCGGGGGAACAGCGCCGCGACCAGAAGAAGGACACGGGGUCGAGAGAAGGCUGUGCAUCAACAUCUCUCACUGGUUCCCAUCAACUCAUGAAGAUGUUUUAACAGCCACAGGCUCGUCUUCACAGUUCAACACAUGUGUCUAAUCUACCUGCAAGCUACGAAACCAUCUCUAAGGGUAAUGACAUUUCUUUUUAUUUAAAUAUAAAAACACCUAGCAUUUAAUUGUCCCUAUAGGGCCUCCCGAGGCUCUGUGCACAGCAUCCAUGGGUGAACAUGUUUCAUGCUCCUUCAGCCACAUCAUGCUGCACAUUUUCAACCUGUCAGCUUCCAUGAGCUUCCUCUCCACCAGGGACACUGUUGCCUCUGGAAGGCAGACUGGAGGAUCUCCAGGACAAUGUGCUGUAUGUGCAUCCAACAAGGAAACGGCUCCGCUCAAAUUAAGCCACUAGUCAACAAAAUAAAAAUAAAAUGCUUUUUUUUUUUUUAACAAAACUUGCAGGAGAACAUUGGGCUGAAUAUGGUGAUAACUGUGACAAUGCACUACUUUUCUAUUUGGCCUGUAGCCUGAUGUAUUGACUUGUAAUAAAUGGAUGACGGGA